GACUGGGAUAAGCCACGCCACUCCUCCUGUUCUGCGUCGUUUCUCCGUCGAAAAAUCCCACACCAAAGCAAAACCCCAAUGCCCGAGCCGGCGGCGGCGCCCGCCGGGAUCGACCCGCGCAGCGGAUUCUGCGCUGCCACGCGGAUCUUCCACAGCUUGCGCUCCAGUUCAGCGGGCUCGCUGCCGCCGGAGUCGCUCCCGGUCACGGCCGCGGCCUACGCCUUCUCGCUCCUCGCCUCCGCGCUCCCCGGCCGCCCCGCGCUUGUCGACGCCGCCACAGGCAUUGCCGUCUCCUACCCGUCCUUCAUCGCCUCCGUCCGUUCCCUCGCAGGCGGCCUCUGGUCCUCCCUCGGCCUCCGCCCCGGGGACGUCGCCUUCGUCGUCGCGCCCUCGCGCCUCAAGGUCCCCGUGCUCCACUUCGCGCUCAUGUCCAUCGGCGCCGUCGUGUCCCCCGCAAACCCGGCCUCAACCCCCGAGGAGUACGCGCACCAGGUCGCCCUCUCCAGGCCCGUCGUCGCGUUCGCCGCCCCCGAGGUGGCCGAGAAGCUGCCCGCGUCCGUCAGUUGCGUAGUCCUCGAGUCAGACGCAUAGUUGCCGGGAACGCGGAACGGUGCCGCGUCCCUCGUUCCGGGGUCGUCGACCCGAAUCGAGGGUCGGGGUCGAGGCGC